UGUAUGGCCUGAGUACGUCAAAGUGUAAAAGGUUGCCCAGAAAUCUUUUAAUUCUCAGCAGAGAUCAAUGCAGUGAACUCCGUGUCCUACAUGUAUCUUUCCCCGCAGAUCUCUGCGCUUGCAUGCAGAACGCUCUUUGCUUUCAGUCACCCAAGAGAAACAGGCUGCUUCAAGGCACGGUUUCCCGCUUUGUUCUUCCCCAGUGUCCCCGUCCGUCCUCUCCAUCCGGCGGUGGGAGAGGCAGGGCAGGAUGUGCUGUCAGGAGAACCCACCUAGAGGUCCCCCUUGACGCCAGCACAGCCUGUCUCUGCCAGGCAGAGCCCGCACCGCAGCCGAGCCUAGUCUGCUGCAGAGUAAGUGCCAGACCGUCCAGCUCGCGAGUGUCCGGAGCAGCUCCCGGGCGAGGACACGGGCAGCCUCGGGGGCAGCCUGGAAAUUCCUGUCAGGGGAAAGGAAGCAAGAGCCUGUUGCCUGCGUUGCUUCAAAAUAUAUGCCGUCUCUGUGGUUUGGGCUUAAGAAUCAUCCCGAGGAGUGAUAACUACUGUCUGGGAACUGAAUUGGGGGAAAAAAAGGACAGCAGAGGAGGAAUGCUUAGGUAACACGGGACUUAAAGCUUUGCUUUCAUUUUGCAACCUACAAAUCGCUGCACGUGGUUUUAUAUACAGUAUAACAUCAAAGUAGAAGGGGGGUUCUGCAGUGAGAGUCGAUAGCUUAGUCAUUUUACUUAAAGGGAGCAGAGAGUCUUGUGGGGUUAGACAGCAAAAUGAAUUUGAUCAUGAUAUAAUCAUGUCUCGUGAUGGUAUCUAACUGUAGUUCUGUCCUAUGGAGUGGAAAAAGCAUACUUCCUUCCUUCUUUCUUAGUUGAAGAAACAAACCCACAGUAUCAAAUACUGAGAGAAGUUUGGGUUUGUUCUACAUGGCUAUUAAACAUCCCACUGUUCACUGGGCUUUUAAGAAAGGAAAACUGCAUUAAGUGCUUACUGAUGAAUAUGUGUCUAAGAAAGAAGAAAAAGCAGUAUUCAUUUCUGAACAUGGGAAAGAAAUCUGAAGUUACACCUCUACCCCUAACCACUGAUUUGGCACAGAUGACAAGAAACUAUGUUUUGACUAACCUCUUCCAACUGUCCAGAAUGCUGCAUAUGAAGAUGCUUUAAUUCACAGUCAAAAGCACUUGGAUUUUUAUCAAGGCACGCUGUUGGCAUUGUCAUAACAUUUUCUGUAUACUGAUUAGUUUAGUGUUUUUAAGCAGCAAGCGAUGCAUAAAUGGAUGGACAUGUACCUAGAAAACCCUGUAAGAAGUCUUUCUUUGGAUCCUGGGAAUUUUUAUGGAUUACAGUAAUUCUUGCAAUAAUACCUGCUGUUAACUGCUCAUGCAGUUCUGGAAUGAACCUAUGAAUACCAUAACAGAUAAAUCAGUCUGACAAGGAAAACACUGAUGUUGGAAGAUCUGUGAACAUGAUGCACGUGAAUAAUUUCCCCUUUAGGAGGCAUUCAUGGAUAUGUUUUGAUGUAGACAAUGGUACGUCAUCGGGACGAAGUCCCUUGGAUCCCAUGACAAGCCCUGGAUCAGGGCUAAUUCUUCAGGCAAAUUUUGUCCAUAGUCAACGCAGGGAGUCUUUCCUUUACCGGUCAGACAGUGACUAUGACCUGUCUCCAAAGUCCAUGUCCAGGAACUCCUCCAUUGCCAGUGAUAUACAUGGAGAUGACUUGAUUGUGACACCAUUUGCCCAGGUGCUGGCCAGCCUGCGUACCGUACGGAAUAACUUUGCUGCAUUAACCAAUUUACAAGAUCGGGCACCUAGCAAACGUUCACCAAUGUGUAACCAGCCAUCUAUUAACAAAGCAAGCUUGACAGAGGAGGCCUACCAAAAACUGGCCAGCGAGACCCUGGAGGAACUGGACUGGUGCCUCGACCAGCUGGAGACCCUGCAGACCAGGCACUCCGUCAGCGAAAUGGCUUCGAACAAGUUCAAGAGAAUGCUGAACCGGGAGCUAACCCACCUAUCUGAAAUGAGCAGAUCAGGCAACCAGGUCUCAGAAUAUAUAUCAAACACUUUCUUAGACAAACAACAUGAAGUUGAAAUCCCAUCUCCGGCACAGAAGGAGAAAGAGAAAAAGAAGAGGCCGAUGUCCCAGAUCAGUGGAGUCAAAAAGCUCAUGCACAGCACCAGCCUAACUAAUUCUAGUAUUCCCCGAUUUGGAGUUAAAACAGAUCAUGAAGAGAGUCUUGCCAAGGAACUAGAAGAUGUGAAUAAAUGGGGCCUCCAGGUUUUCAGAGUAGCUGAGUUAUCUGGAAACAGACCUUUGACAGUCAUCAUGCAUACCAUUUUUCAGGAACGGGACUUGCUAAAAACAUUUAAGAUUCCAGUGGACACAUUAAUAACUUACUUAAUGACCCUGGAAGACCAUUACCAUUCAGAUGUGGCAUAUCACAACAACAUACAUGCUGCAGAUGUUGUUCAGUCAACCCAUGUCCUGCUGUCAACACCAGCAUUAGAGGCAGUGUUCACUGAUUUGGAGAUUCUUGCAGCCAUUUUUGCGAGUGCGAUACAUGAUGUAGAUCAUCCCGGGGUUUCAAACCAGUUUCUUAUCAAUACAAAUUCUGAACUCGCCUUGAUGUACAAUGACUCAUCGGUACUGGAGAAUCAUCAUUUAGCUGUGGGCUUCAAGCUGCUGCAGGAAGAAAAUUGUGACAUUUUCCAGAAUUUGAGCAAAAAACAGAGGCAAUCAUUGAGGAAAAUGGUCAUUGACAUUGUACUUGCAACAGACAUGUCUAAGCAUAUGAAUCUGUUGGCUGAUUUAAAAACCAUGGUUGAAACCAAAAAAGUGACCAGUUCUGGUGUCCUACUUCUUGAUAACUAUUCAGACAGAAUUCAGGUUCUUCAGAAUAUGGUGCACUGUGCAGAUCUAAGCAAUCCAACUAAGCCACUUGAUCUCUACCGCCAAUGGACAGACAGAAUUAUGGAGGAAUUUUUUCGGCAAGGAGAUCGGGAAAGAGAGAGGGGAAUGGAGAUAAGUCCCAUGUGUGAUAAGCACAAUGCAUCUGUAGAAAAAUCACAGGUGGGUUUUAUAGACUAUAUUGUUCAUCCUCUGUGGGAGACAUGGGCAGAUCUUGUUCACCCAGAUGCCCAGGAAAUCUUAGAUACACUGGAGGACAAUCGAGAAUGGUACCAGAGCACAAUCCCUCAAAGUCCUUCUCCUGCAGCUGAUGACCAGGAAGAGAGUAAGCAGACUCAAACUGAAAAAUUCCAGUUUGAACUAACACUGGAGGAAGAUGGUGAGUCAGACACAGAAAAGGACAGUGGAAGUCAAGUAGAAGAAGACACCAGCUGCAGUGACUCCAAGACUCUUUGCACCCAGGAUUCAGAAUCCACUGAAAUUCCUCUUGAUGAGCAAGUAGGGGAAGAAGUAGAAGAGGAGGAGAACCAGACAGAACCUUGUGUGGUAGAAGACCAUACUCCUAACACGUAGCAAGGAGGAUGCAGUCUCUUUCUCUCUUGCUCUCUCCCUUCUCUUUUCUUUUCUUUC